UUCAGUGACUUCAAGUCUUCAGCAUAACCUACAAAUUAUAAAGAAUUAAGAUUAUUGCAUUAUUAAGGAUUACUCAUUGUGACGAAAGGAAAUCGAAUAUAAUUUGUCACAAAUUUUAAUUAAUAUGAAUCAAGCUGAGGUCGCUAAGUUAGUUUCUAAGUUAAGAAUAAAAAUACCAGCUCAACCCCGGAAGCUGAGAAACUCACAGGGUCCUGAAGGUAGAUUAAAUAAAUUACGUAAAACGGUGACUGGUUUAAUAAAACAUGAACGUAUCGAGUUAAAUUACAACAGAGCAGAUGAAGCCAGACAGUACGCAGAGAGGCUCAUUUCGGACGCUAUCAGAUAUGGCGAUUGCCAUAAACCGACUAUGGAAAUUGCGGACUACUGGCUUCUAGAGAAAGAAUUGGUGCAUAAACUUUUCAAAGUUCUGGUACCAAGAUAUGAAAAUUUUGAUAAGUCUUAUACCAGGAUGCACAAGGCGCCACGGGCUAUGAAUGUGAGGAAUCAGGACAAAGCUGUUUUAGAGCUACGAGGAAAUCCAUACCCUAGUUUGAUUAACAAACAUGGCAACAACAGGCAACUGAUACAGAAUAUACUGCUUGAUGCAGCUAAAUAUGAUUACCGUCAGUCAAAAUACUUGGAAAUGGCAGAAAAGAUAGGCAAAAGUGACGAGCAGGGUGCAAAUACUAAAGUUGAGUCAGCACAAGAAAUUGGCAAUAAAAAUUAAGAGUAUUUUGUUGUAUAUAGUUAUUGUGUAGCAUUUGAAUAUUAUAUAAGAUUUGUCUGUA